UUACCUCUCUGCUAUUCACCUUGUCAGAAUAUCUCGCACCCGAUAUCUAUCCCUCUUGCAAGUUUAGCUGCACCACUAGUCCGGAAAUACCUUCAGCCAUGAACCUCACCAACUUCGUCGUCACCACUGCUGCUAUUCUCGCCUCAACUACUCCGUGUGUUGCAUCCCUCCCUACUGCAGGGGCCACCACCACGUCUUCGGGAGUCCCUACUGCUGUCGCUUAUGGCCUGGAGUUCUGGGCACAGCGUAAGCGCGACGCUUCCGCUGAUGACGCAGUUGCUAUGCAUCGCGGAUGGGAUUACUGGGCUCAGCGCAAGCGUGAUUCUGGUGUCCGUAACAUGGUUGCUAUGCAGCGUGGUUGGGACUAUUGGUCCCACCGCAAGCGCGAUUCGAGCGCUGUAGCUGACGCUGACAAACUCCGUGGAUGGGACUACUUUGGCCAGUAAAUGCAAUCAGUCUCUAACAACCGGGACUCCUCUUUCCUUUCGUACAGAUAAUAUUUAAAAGUGAAAUAGGACAUGAGCGUAAACAG